AGGAUAAUGGCUAAACAAAAUCGCUGCUUGGUAGCAAAAUUACAACAAAAAAAAGGCUCCCCCAAAUCAGGUGUUAUACACUCGUCAGGAGCAUGGUUCACCAUGACCGCUUCACCUGGUUCACCUGGAGCUGCAGCCAGCUCAUCGGAGAGAAGUGUGGGCUGUGGCUGGCAUCUUCUCUGGUAAUAACAAAGCAGUGGCCUAGGUUGUCAGACUGUCAGGUGGUAACUAAUCUGAUGGUGAGAGUAACUUCCACCAGCAUGGAACAAAAAUCCCGUUGCGGUAAAAGUUAACCGCGUCCUUAGGAUCCAUCUUGCUCACCUAUUUCUUUAAUUAACAACAGUCGAAGCAGUCUCCCCCUCCCCGUCCCCCUCUCCCUUCCCACAUUUUUCAAUGAACUGUAAAUGAAAGCAUUGCCUAAACAAACAGCUAAUGAUUCUUCAACAAGCUAUAUAUAUUUAAAAUAUCCUGGAGCUGAACCAACCACCCAUCUCUCUCCUCUCUAAACCCAAGCCAGUGUGCUGCCCCAGCACCCAGCAGCUAUUGGAGCUCAGCCAUCCAGAACACCAGGGCGCUAGCUGUUCGUUGAUAGAAACCCUCCUGCUGCUUCCCUUCCCUUCCUGCUCACCCACGUCCCAAUCUUCGCUGCGGCUUUCCGAUCUGCGGUACUUCCGGCACCGCGACCUAAAGCUCGCCACCGAUCCGCUGGGUCCUCGGCAUUCCUUUUUCUCCAGCACCGGCAAAGCUUCCAUCUUUUCGCCAGCAGACUUGACAAACGGAGUGCAUGACGCUGCUUGGAGUAGACGCAAGCUCUGUGGAAGAUCUCUAGUGUAUCCGUUUUUUACUAGAUUGUCUAAGACCAGUUGUCUUGACGAAGUACUUCAUUUCCAACAAGCAAAUCUGAUAAAACAAAAGGAGCAGCUUCAACAGAGCCUGCAGCUCCAGUGGUUGGACUGACCAACAUUUGCACAGCUGAAAUUGAAUCCAUGGGCAGAGGAAGAGGGAGAGGGAAGAAGCUAACCACUGUCAGGAGCCACGAAGACAAAGGUAGCAGCGGCGAAGAAGUCGUGCCUGCAAAGAAGAGGAGGGGAAGGCCCCAAAAGCGCUUCGCCAGUAAGAUCGAUCAAGCAGAUGUUGAAAACUUUGUAGAACAGGUCGAUGCCGACCAAGAAGAAGCUGAUGAUGCCAAGCUGAAGAACAGUGCCGCAGCUGGUGGUACCAAGAGAGGCAGGCCGCUGAAAGAGGGCUCCAAUAUUGCCGUAGAAGAUACUAAUUCUACUGUUCGAUUAAGCAGUGAUGAAUCAACGAGGACCAAUGGGUUCAGGCAGAUUGGGAGCCGGCGAAAAAACAAGCCCCGGCGAGCAUCGGAGGCAGGGCUAGAAUGCAAGUGAACCGUCCCUGCAUUUUUCAGUACAAGGUAGCAUCCUUUUUUUUUUUUUUGCUACAUCCGUCAUGUUUGGUAGCUCCCAAUGCUGGAAAAACAAAAUGUAAACUAGCAUGUUCUGAUUACAUGCCUCAGUUUUUUUUUCAUUGACACAAAGUGUAUGAACUGAUGGUACACCAACUUGUUCAGCUGCUCUAGACCCUGGUUCUGUUUGAGCUGCUUGUAGCAGAGAUCUUACCUUUCAGUUUACCAUAUAGUGUUCCUGCAGUUUUGAUU